GGGUUAUAGAAAGAAUCUGCAAAGGGUGAUUGAAAAGAGAAACAGCAGAGAAGGGGAAGUUGAAAUUGUUGAGAGAUCGUAGAGAAGAGAUUAAGAUGGAAUGGAAGAAAUACUAUUUGGAUGUGGCGUUGGUACCAUUGGGUUUUCUCAUAACCAUUGGUUAUCAUGUUUGGUUGUGGAAUAAGGUUCGUACGCAGCCUUCUUCCACCAUAAUCGGAAUCAAUACUCAUGGAAGACGCUCAUGGGUCCCUGCCAUGUUGAAGGAUAUUGAAAAGAAGAACAUUUUAGCAGUUCAAACUCUUCGUAAUAUGAUUAUGGGAUCGACUCUUAUGGCGACAACAUCGAUUCUUCUCUCUGCCGGUUUGGCAGCCGUGAUAAGCAGCACUUACAGUGUGAAGAAGCCUCUGAAUGACGCUGUGUAUGGAGCCCACAGUGAGUUUAUGGUGGCACUGAAGUACGUGACACUGCUGACCAUAUUCUUAUUCUCAUUUUUCUGUCACACCCUGUCGAUUAGGUUUUUCAAUCAAUUGAGCAUCCUGAUUUGCACACCACAAGAUGUCAUGUCCAUGGUCACACCUCAAUAUUUGACUGAGCUUUUGGAGAAGGGAACUAUUUUGAGCACUGUUGGCAACAGGCUCUUCUACUCGGCUCUUCCUCUUCUUCUUUGGAUCUUUGGGCCUGUGCUCGUUUUCUUGUCUUCUGUUGCAAUGAUACCUGUGCUUUACAACCUAGACAUUGUUUGUGGAACUGUCAAGACCAAGAAUGACAAAGGGGACGACUAUGUUUGAAAGUAAAUACAUUAUGUAAUAAUAUGUUUAUAUAGCUCGUUAAUUAACUAGGUUGAAUCAUUUACAACUUUAACGUUGUAAAGGUCUUGUGUUUUACUCGCACAGCCACAUGCUGAAGCGUUUUUCUCUCAAUAAUUCAACUACUUUUUCUCAUGUA